CCUCAGGACGCGAACCGCUGGCUUGUUCCUCCCUGACUCAGACUCUGACUCCUCCACAUCUGGCGGGCUGUAAGAAGGUCGCUGAUCCAUCGCUCCGUUCCCACCGGCGCGGCAUGUUCACAUCCACGCCGUCUCGUCACAAGAAGAAAAAGAAGCGGAUUUUAAGCGGUGCUGCGUAAUGUCUGAGGUGCGGAAAUUCACAAAGAGGCUGAGCAAGCCGGGGACGGCCGCGGAAGUCAGACAGAGCGUGUCGGAGGCAGUGAGGACUACCGUGGACCCGGAGCAGCCCAAAAUAAUCGAGCCUCUGGACUACGAAGCGGUGGUGUUUCAGAGGAAAGCCCAGAUCCACAGUGACCCCCACAGAGACCUGCUCCUCUGCCCUGUUGACGAUGUUUCGGAAUCCCAGAUCUCCCGACAGAGGAGGACGGUCUUUCCCUCCGUUCCUCAGAACGCUGAGCAAGAGGCCAGGAGCCUGUUUGCUAAAGAGUGCAUCAAGAUGUACAACACCGACUGGCACGUCAUUAACUACAAAUAUGAGGCUUACUCAGGAGAUUUCCGCAUGCUGCCAAACAAAGGGCUGAAGACAGACAAGCUUCUUGCUCAUGUGUUUGAGAUCGAUGAAGAUGCCAAAGAUGAGGACACGUCGUCGCUGUGCUCCCAGAGGGGAGGCAUGCUGAAGCAGGGCUGGCUGCAGAAAGCCAACAUCAACAGCAGCCUGUCUGUCUCCAUGAGGGUUUUUAAACGGAGGUACUUCUACCUAUCCCAGCUACCUGACGGAUCCUACAUCCUCAACUCCUACAAGGAUGAAAAGAACUGCAAGGAAACCAAAGGCUCCAUCUACCUGGACUCCUGCAUAGAUGUUGUUCAGAGUCCCAAGAUGCGCCGCAAUGGUUUCGAGCUGAAGAUGCAGGACCGCUACAGCCACUUCCUGGCUGCGGACAGCGAGGCAGAGAUGGAGGACUGGGUGGCCACGCUUAGACAGGCUCUGCAGAGCGGCGCUGAGGCCAUCCCCGAUAAGAGGAACGGAGCCGAGCCGACGGACUUUGCCACAGAUGACGACACUGUAAGCCAAGGAAAAGGUGAGGCCCCACAGGAGAACCAGGGGAGGAGUCUACAGAACGAACUGAUGAAGUACAUGAGGGAGACAGACCAGCUCAAUAAGAUCAACAGGAAUGAAGGAAGACAAAAGCUUUUCUCCCUGGACCCUGAAACACAGAGGCUGGACUUCUCGGGCAUUGAGCCAGAUGUGAAGCCGUUCGAGGAGCGUUUUGGCCGCCGCAUCAUGGUCAGCUGCCACGACCUCACCUUCAGCCUCCAGGGCUGCGUUAAUGAAAAGGCUGAUGGUGUCCUGACAAACGUGGAGCCGUUCUUCAUCUGCCUUUCCCUCUUCGACCUGUCCAAAAACUGUAAGAUCUCGGCCGACUUCCACGUGGACCUGAACCCGCCGUGUGUCCGGGAGAUGCUGAUCGAUCCUUCCGGUCAGCUGACUCCGUCGUCUGACUCUGAGGGUGCAGAUGGAAGAUCUGGUGAUGGGGGAGGAGGGGUGAUGGUGAAUGGAGACUAUGGGAGAGGGAACGGCCUUCCUGUUGUGCAAAGGGUAUCAGAAGCUCUGCUCCGCUUCCCAACGCAGGGCAUUUUUUCAGUCACCAACCCUCAUUCUGAUAUCUUCCUGGUGGCUCGUGUGGAAAAGGUGCUGCAGAAUGGGAUCACCCACUGCGCUGAGCCUUACAUCAAAACCUCUGACAUCAACAAGACGGCCCAGAAGGUCCUCAAAGGUGCUAAACAGACCUGCCAUCGCCUGGGCCAGUACAGGAUGCCUUUCGCCUGGGCUGCCAAGCAGGUGUUUAAAGAUGCUCAGGGCAGCCUGGACAUGGAUGGGAAGUUUUCUCCGCUCUAUCGCCAGGACAGCAGCAGAAUCUCCACAGAUGACCUCCUCAAACUGCUGGCCGACAUCAGAAGACCUGAGAAGAGCAAACUUCAGAUCAUUCCAGGACAGCUGAAUGUGACCAUUGAAUGUGUGCCACCCGAUUUCUCAAAUACCGUGACAUCUUCCUACAUCCCCAUCAAACCCUUCGAGGACGGCUGUGAACGUGUUUCUGUUGAGAUCGAGGAGUUCCUCCCAGUUGAGGCCAAGUACAAAUACCCUUUCACCGUCUACAAGAACCAGCUCUACAUCUACCCCCUCCAACUCAAAUAUGACAACCAGAAGAGCUUCACUAAGGCUAGAAACAUUGCUGUCUGCAUGCAGUUCAAAGAUUCAGAUGAAGAAAACUCUGUCCCUUUAAAGUGCAUCUACGGCAAGCCGGGAGACUCUCUCUUCACUAGCAGCGCCUAUGCAGCCGUCCUGCACCACAACCAGAGCCCAGAGUUCUAUGAUGAGGUUAAAAUCGAGCUGCCCGUCCAUGUGCAUGAGAAACACCACAUUCUGUUCACCUUUUACCACAUGAGCUGUGAGUCCAGCAGUAAGGCGAGCAGCAAAAAGAAAGAAGGAGUGGAGACAUUGGUGGGCUACUCCUGGAUGCCUCUGCUCAAAGAUGGGAGGAUGCAGUCAUCUGAGAUCCAGUUACCUGUAGCCGCUACUCUACCUGCUGGAUAUAUGGGUCAAGACAGCAGAAAGUCCCAGCCAGAUAUCAAGUGGGUGGAAAAUGCCAAGCCAUUGUUUAAAGUAAAGACCAACGUAGCAUCGACGAUAUAUCCUCAGGACCUCCAUCUGCAUAAAUUCUUCCAGCACUGCCAACUGAUGAAGACCACAUCAAAUGGUAACCCAGCAGAACUCAUCAAGUACCUGAAGUGCCUACAUGCUGUGGAGACUCAUGUUAUCAUCACCUUCCUCCCAACGGUGCUGAUGCAGCUGUUUGAGGUGCUCACAACCGCUACCAAAGAAGCCCAUGAGAUUGCUGUCAACUCUCUGCGUGUAAUUAUACAUAUAGUGUCCAAAUGUCAUGAGGAGGGACUGGAACACUACCUUCGCUCCUUCGUUAAGUAUGUCUUUGUGACAAACGCUCCGGCAGCAGGAACCUCGGCGACCACUCAUGAGGUGCUGGCCACUGCUGUUACAACCACCCUUAAGCAAACUGCGGAUUUCAACACCAGCAAUAAACUCCUAAAGUAUUCAUGGUUCUUCUUUGAAACCAUGGCAAAAUCCAUGGCCCAGUACCUGCAAGAGGGGAACCGCAUAAAGAUGCCACGGUCCCAACGCUUCCCUGACAGUUUUCACCAGGCGCUCCAAUCCCUGGUGUUGUCAAUCAUGCCUCACAUCACCAUCCGCCACAUGGAAAUCCCAGAGGAAGCGAGAUGCAUCAACUUGAGCCUGGCCAGUUUGAUUAAGAGGUGCCUGACGUUCAUGAACAGAGGCUUUGCGUUCGGCCUGGUCAACCACUACAUGUGCCACUUCGGUCUGAAAGAUCCAAAGGUGUUGACAGAAAUGAAGUUUGAGUUCCUCAUGGCCGUGUGUAACCACGAGCACUUCAUCCCGCUGAACCUGCCCAUGGCGUUUGGCCGAACCAAACUUCAGAGAGUGCAAGAACAGAGUCUGGAGUUCAGCCUGACAGAGGAAUACUGCAGGAAUCACUUCCUGGUUGGUCUCUUGAUGAGAGAAAUAGCUGAGGCCUUGCAGCAGGGACCUGAGGUCAGACAGCUGGCCGUGAGCAUUCUCAAGAACCUCCUCAUUAAACAUGCCAUGGAUGACCGCUACACGGCCUUCAAGAACCAACAGGCAAGGAUCUGCAUGCUGUACCUGCCACUUUAUGAGCUGCUCUACCAGAACCUGAAGCAGCUGUCAGCUCAGCCACAGAUGUCAGGUCUUGGACUUGCUCUUAAUGGCUCCCGAGACGACCUGAUAUCAUCGGCCUCCUCAGACAGCAGGAGAAUCAGCACUGCCAUUGAUAAAGACCACGGUCUUUCGGCUCUGAAUGGUCAGGCGGUGAGGAGAGAGGACUCCAGAGGCUCUCUGUUUAUGGAUUCGGGAACAUCAGACAACCUUGAGGUUAUCAAGAAUGGAAUCAUUGCAUUCUGUGCCUCUACAGCAGAGCUGCUGCCCUCUGUGGUUGAAGUGAUUGAUAAUAUCUGUGUUUGCUUUCAGCUUCAGCGUCGUGGCUCCACAAUGAGCAGUAGCGCCGGUGCUCCUGUUGGCAGACUAGGGCUCUAUGAAAUCAAGGGCCUCCUGUUCUCUUUCCUGCACAUUGUCAAAACUUUGUCAGAGGAAACUCUGACAGCCUACUGGAGCAAAAUCAACCCUCAGGACAUUAUGAAUUUCCUCAGCUUGCUCGAGACUUGUAUUAUCCAACUUCAGUACAUUGGCAAGAGAAACAUAAGCAGGAACCAGGACAUAUGUGUGUCAAAGCUCUUCUCUUCGGACAGGAAGUCUCAGACGAUGCCAGCCAUGCGUUAUAACCGUGCUAGCCUGAUGCAGAACAAGAUUCACCAGUUCAGCACCAUGGACACCUCUCUCACCCUCAACAUAGGAACGGGUCCCACGGAAGCAGAGGUCCAUCAUCAGGCUCUGCUGGAGGGUAACAUCUCCACCGAGGUGUGCCUGAGCAUCCUGGACGUCCUCUCUCUUUUCACUCAGUGUUUUAAGACCCAGCUGCUGGACAGCGAUGGUCACAACCCGCUGAUGAGGAAAGUGUUCGAUGUCUACCUGACCUUCCUUAAAGUGGGCCAGUCUGAGGCUGCAAUCAGACACGUCUUUGCUGUACUCCGAGGUUUCAUCAGCAAGUUCCCGUCUGUGCUGUUUAAAGGCCGUGUGACACUGUGCGAGGACCUGUGCUGCGAGGUGCUCAAAUGCUGCGUAUCCAAGCUCGCUGCCCUGAGGGCCGAGGCAUCAGCGCUGCUGUAUCUGCUGAUGAGAAACAAUUACGAGUACACAAAGAGAAAGACCUUCCUGCGCACACACCUGCAGAUUAUCAUCGCAGUGAGUCAGCUGAUCUCUGACGUGGCGCUCACGGGCAGCUCCCGUUUCCAGGAGUCCCUUUCCAUCAUCAACAAUUUUGCAAACAGCGAUAAGGCCAUGAAGUCCACAGCAUUCCCCUCAGAAGUAAAGGGUUUGACCAUGCGGAUACGGACGGUGCUGAUGGCCACAGCUCAGAUGAGAGAGCAUGAGAAAGACCCCGAGAUGCUUCUGGACCUCCAGUACAGCCUGGCCCGCUCCUACGCCAGCACGCCUGAGCUGCGACGCACCUGGCUGGACAGCAUGGCCCGAGCACACCUGAAGAAUGGAGACUUGUCUGAGGCUGCCAUGUGCUACGUUCAUGUGGCUGCACUUGUUGCGGAAUAUCUGCACAGGAAAAAGUUGUUCCCUUGCGGUCUGACUGCUUUUAAGAAGGUCACCUCUAACAUCGACGAGGAAGCUGCAAUGAAAGAGGACACAGGAAUACAGGACGUCUACUACACUGAGGAAGUCUUGGUGGAGCACCUUGAAGUCUGUGUGGAGGCCUUGUGGAAAGCCGAACGCUACGAGCUCAUCACGCACAUCGCCAAGCUUAUAAUCCCCAUCUAUGAGAAACGUCAUGAGUAUGAAAAACUGAGUCGGCUGUAUGACACUCUUCACAGAGCCUACAACAAAAUCAUGGAGGUGAUCCAAUCGGGCCGAAGGCUGCUUGGGACAUAUUUCCGAGUUGCUUUUUAUGGGCAGGGCUUCUUUGAGGAAGAGGAUGGAAAGGAGUACAUCUACAAAGAGCCCAAACUCACCGGCCUUUCAGAGAUCUCACAGCGGCUGCUAACCCUCUACGGGGACAAGUUUGGUCAAGAAAACGUCAAAAUCAUCCAAGACUCAAACAAGGUGAACCCCAAAGAGCUGGACUCCAGGUUCGCCUAUGUCCAGGUGACAUUCGUCAAGCCCUACUUCGAUGAGAAGGAGGCACCAGAGAAGAAGACAGACUUUGAGAAGUGCCACAACAUCAAUCGCUUUGUGUUCGAGACACCGUACACGCUGUCGGGAAAGAAACAUGGUGGCGUAGAGGAGCAAUGCAAAAGGAGGAUCAUCCUCACAACUGUCAACACUUUCCCGUACGUGAAGAAGCGCAUCGAGGUGGCGGGGGAGAGGCAGGUGGAGCUGAAGCCCGUAGACGUAGCCAUCGAUGAGAUGAAGGCGCGGACAGCGGAGCUGACCAAGCUGUGCUCCAGCCAGGAAGUGGACAUGAUCCAGCUGCAGCUCAAGCUGCAGGGCUGUGUCUCCGUCCAGGUGAACGCAGGCCCUAUGGCGUAUGCCAGGGCGUUCCUGGAUGAGAGCAAAUCCAACUCAUCCGGCAGUAAGAAAGUCAAAGAGCUUAAGGAGGUUUUCAGACGUUUUGUCGAAGCGUGCAGCGUGGCGCUAGACAUUAACGAAAGAAUCAUUAAGGAGGACCAGUUCGAGUAUCACGAGGGCCUGAAGUCUAACUUCAAGGAUAUGGUGAAAGAACUGUCUGACAUCAUCCAUGAACAGAUCUACCAGGAGGACAUGAUGCGAUCGCUUCUUCAGAACUCUCUCCACGUGUUUCACGCCAUCAGUGGGAUGUCCACAGACCUGAGCUGACCUCAAGAACCGCCACUCUUUUUCCAACACCCACCACUUGUAAUGUUUAUCUACCCCACCCCUGGCAAGGAUGCCAUCUGCCUAUCUGCUGCAUCUCUGCCUGAUAUGCAGAGGAAUUUUGGAGAAAAAAAAUUGCAUGGACUGAAUAUUCCCUUCACAGGAGCAGUAUUUUUCAGAAUGUAUUAAAAAAUCUGGGUUAAAUGUGUGCAUGUUGGAUAAAGCUGAGGAAUUCCUGACCUUUUUUUUGUUGUGCUUCCUCAUUGAAGCUAUUCUACGCAAUGUCUUUGCUGAGAUGCCCUGAGGACCUAUGCAGAAUCUCUCUAUCUCUAUGUUUCUUUACUCUUUCUCUCUCUUUCAGUCUCUCAUGGACUUUUCCAUAGGCGGCAACUUUUUUACCGCAUCGUUUAGCUGCACUUCACCAUUUCCUUUCAUCCCACAUUGAAUAACAACCAGGUUUGUUGUGACAGGCAGCAAAACCGAAAGCAUCACGAUGUUAUGCAAAGCGCUAGGUUUUUUUAAUGUGGCAGUGCAUUCCAGGUUAGAAGGAUAAGUCACGUACAGAGGGAAAAAGGCUUGCAAUGUCUUAAAUUUAUACCCUUUGAAGUUUAUCACUUUUUUUGACAUUGUAACUACAAACUUGCUGGUGUUAUACCUCUGAAAAGUGGUGACAGAUGUUAGGCCUUUAGGGACAGUCUUUACUAGCUUUGUUUACUUGGUUCUUUGCAAAGAAGCUCAGUCAGGUUGUAUGGAGGUCAGUUUUCUGCCACACAGUAUUUUAGAUGUAUCCCUGAAACUUCAUUUCUAGUCCCAUCAAAUCCUAUUCUAUUUUUCAGAAGCUAUAAACAGGACUUAAUUAAUGGAUCAUGCCGCUAAUGUGCAACCUGUCCACAGUUUCUCCCUCUGAGCUGUGGAUCCACUGCAGCUCCCCCAGAGUUACCCUUCCCUGCCUUUUGUAGCCGUGCCAUACGGCAGAGUUCAAAACUCAGGAUAUUGUUUUAUAGCCUCAGAUUUUUCCUACAAUUCAUUUCUGUCCUCUCUGCUGUGGUCUUCGGUUUUCGUGAUGCUGUUUAUUUUCUCCGAUGUUCUCUUCAAAAAGUUCUUAAGCUUUCACAGAACAGCUGGAUUAAUACACAUAGAUGGACUCCCUUUACUAGGUAGAGGAUUUCUGAAGAUAAUGAAUUGCACUGGAUGUUAUGCUGGCUGUAUCAGGCUAAUCACAGCAGAUUUGUAAUUGUUGGUUAAACAAAACUUAUCUUUUCACCAUUACACCUUUCAAAUAAAAUAAAUCAACCUUCUAGGCUGUUACAUGACAAAUGUGGGAAAAAUAAAGCAGUAAAAGUUAUUCUGUAAGGCACUGUAUAGGGAGCAUAAAGGGUGGAACGAUAUUGGGAGUGAAAUGUAGGAGAUUAAAGAAUUGUGGCUGAUCAAAACGAAUUUUGGUUCUUUUAAAAGACAAACUAUGCUAUAAUUAUUUUUUAAUGCAAGGCAAUAAAUAGAGACGAAUGAAAAAAAAAAAAGCAGAACUUUAAUUAUUUUAAACAUUCUUUCCCUUUGAAAUCAGGACUAUGCACAGCAAUAAGCUGUGUGCUAACAUUUACUCAACUAAUAAGUAAAUAAAUAGUUCUUCUACUCUGGGUUUAGAUCCAGUGCCUUCAAACUCUGCCUUCUGGAAAAAAAAAUCUAAAUAAAACCGUGUCUAUCUCAGCUAAUAUAAACCAUCACAAGUCAGUAAUUUAAAUCAUUUCACAAGUGCUACACUGAAACGAGGAGAGAGAUGAAUAUUUAAGCUGAUGUGUACAUAAUUUGUUGACAUGAUGUAAAUUAGAUUUGUGUAUUCAUAUAUGUAUGUAUGUACCAUAUUUUGUAGGUCAGUCCAAAAUCUGUCUUAGCAAUUUUUCUUUUUUUUAAUCUUUUAGUUUUAUUUCAUUAUCUACAAAGGUGCAGCCGCUUGUCAAACUUACUUUGUAAGGCUUUUUUCCCAAUAAAACCUGAAAGAGAAA